AUGUCUACCAUCAAUGACCUCACCUUUUCCGACGAUGAAUGUGACACUUCGUUCAUUGAGGAACCCAACUCAUCCAUCAUUUACGAGGACGAUGAAUCAUCUUUCGAAGACGACACUGAUGAUUUCGUGGAAGAUAUCAAGGAUAACUUGAUGGCCAACCAGAUGACUAAGUUGAAGGUGCAAAACGAAUUCCAUGAUGACCCGUACUAUGACGAAGACGCCGACGAAACGUACAGUUUCAUGGAAAGUGACGACAGCGACGGAGAAGAACCUGACUUUGAAGAAGUCUUUGAUAAGAAAGCCAACGAAGAAUUCUGGAAAAGGUGUAUUUCCUUAUACCAAUUGCCUGAAAUGAACCAUUAG